GGCGGGCGCCAUGCGGCGGGGCGCGCUCCUGGCGGGCGCCCUGGCCGCGUACGCCGUGUACCUGGUGCUGGGCGCGCUGCUCGUGGCGCGGCUGGAGGCGCCGCACGAAGCCCGGCUCCGAGCCGAGUUGGGGACGCUGCGGGAGCAGCUGCUGCGGCGCAGCCCGUGCGUGGCGGCCCCGGCCCUGGACGCCUUCGUGGAGCGAGUGCUGGCGGCCGGACGGCUGGGGCGCGCCGCGCUGGCCAACGCGUCGGGGCCCGCCAACGCCUCGGACCCCGCCUGGGACUUCGCCUCGGCGCUCUUCUUCGCCAGCACGCUGGUCACCACCGUGGGCUACGGCUACACGACGCCGCUGACAGACGCGGGCAAGGCCUUCUCCAUCGCCUUCGCGCUCCUGGGCGUGCCGACCACCAUGCUGCUGCUCACCGCCUCGGCCCAGCGCCUGUCGCUGCUGCUGACCCACGCGCCCCUGUCCUGGCUGAGCUGGCGCUGGGGCUGGGACCCGCGACGGGCCGCGCGCUGGCACCUGGUGGCCCUGCUGGGCGUCAUCGUGACCGUCUGCUUUCUGGUGCCGGCCACGGUCUUCGCCCACCUGGAGGAGGCCUGGAGCUUCCUGGACGCCUUCUACUUCUGCUUCAUCUCUCUGUCCACCAUCGGUCUGGGUGACUAUGUCCCCGGCGAGGCCCCCGGCCAGCCCCACCGGGCCCUCUACAAGGUGCUGGUCACAGCCUACCUCUUCCUGGGCCUGGUGGCCAUGGUGCUGGUGCUGCAGACCUUCCGCCACGUGUCCGACCUCCACGGCCUCACGGAGCUCGUCCUGCUGCCCAGCCCGUGCCCCGCCAGCCUCGGCGACGACAGGGACGAUCGGGUGGACAUCCUGGGCUCCCCGCCCGAGCUGCACCAGCACCUCUCCGCUGGCGCCCGCGCCGACUACGCCUCCAUCCCCAGGUAGCGGGCAGGCGGUGGCUGCGGGCCCAGGGCAGGACCCGACGUCCAUGCAGGUGGAGCGGAGGCAGGGGCUGCUCGGCCCUCGGGCCCUGGGGCUCCGGCGGCACCUCGUCGACCUCCCCCCUGCCCCCUCCCCCCUAUUGUCCCCUCUCCCCCUUGCCCCACCCUCUGGCUUUCUGCUUUCCUGACGUCCGUCCUUCGACCCUCAGUCUCCAUGUUCCAUCAGCCGCUCACCCACCCGCUCCUCCAGGGAGGCUGUCCCAGACCCGGUCCCGGACCUGUUUCGCGCAGGUCAGGUGCUCAGUGGCAGCCCUCUCUGAGCCUCGGUUUCCUCGGCUGUCAGAGAGCCGUCCGUUCACCCCCAGACCCUGCCUCUGUGCUGGCCCAGGGCUACACAGUUCUGGGGACACAGGAGUAGUGGAGGUGGCCCUGUUCUCUACUUUCAUGGGACUCACAGCCAUGUCCCCACCUGGUGGAAGUCCCAGAGGGCACAGGCAGAGUGAGUGGUCAGGGCACCAGCCAGCUGCAGCUGGAAGGUCAGGAGAGGAAGUGACAGGACUGAGAACGGAAAUGUGAGGAACGGUCAGAGGAAGAAGGUGUCCUUGAUUCACGUUCCCAGGUACCUUCAGGGACCAGGGCCUGCGUGGCCAUCCUGGGGCAGGCCGGGUGGCAGGACCUCCCUCAGUAUCUCAGCCCAGGUCCCCCUUCACCGAGCCUGUGGGCUCCCUCUAGCCCAGCCGUGUCCUGCCCAGGUCCUUAGGCAGUUUCUCUACCUCUCAGACUGUUCCUAUAAAAUGGCAACCAGGAUAGCACCACUUGCAGAGGUGAUGUGGCCGGGACUGCCCUGUUACUCUGUGACACUCUGGCCAGGCUCUCUUCUGGAUACUUUACAGGAAGGGAGAUAAUGUUGGUUAUCUCCUUUCCACAGAUGAGGAAACUGAGGCAAGGGAAGGUGGUCCCUUGACCCAGCCACAGGCGAGGAAGCGAUUGGUUGUAGGUUUAAGCCCCUCGGAUCUGCCCCUCCUGAGACGGGCUGUCGCAGAGCCUCCUGCCAAGGGUCCUGGACUGAGCUCCUAGCUCUACCACACCCUGUGCCUCAGUCACAGAAGGGACCACGGGACACUGGAGCCAGGCAGGGCAGGGCAGGCAGAAGCAAGAGCCUGCCCAGGCCUGGCGCUGGGGCAUGUGGGCAGCAGCUUCUGGCUCCUGUGCCUGGAAUAAGGCAGGGACGAGGGAGGAGCUGGUCUGAGUCCUGGAGUGACUCCCCGGGUGGCCUCAUCCGGAGGGCACUGGAGAGGUAUGGAGGGGUUUGGACCAAGAAGGGGAGUCGUGGUCAGAUUUGGACUUUAGGAAGGCCCCCCAGCUGCGUGUGCAGGGAGAUAAGUGGGGGAAACUGAGGCAGGAUGCUGGGGGAGGCUGGGGGAGAACAGAGAGCAUGGGCUGGGCAGGGCCAUGGGAUCGGGGAGGCCCCGAGCUGGCGGAUGGGCUUUGCAGACUGGGAAGGACCGGGCCCAUGGUCAGUUGUGCCUGGGGACCUGGGAGGUAGCACAGCUCUGAGAGGGGUUGGGGGCUAUUUUAACAUAUGGUGAGUCUGAGGGGCUACAGGGACAUCCAGGAGGUGUCACAGGGCCCUGGGGCUGGGGCUUAGGGGGUGGUUAAAGUUGGAGACAAAGGAAUUGAGGCUGUGGGAGAGGAUGAAGAGAGAAGUAAGUGGCCUCAGGGUGUUUACAUAUUGAUAUCAAUUAGGAAAGAUUUUGGCUUUUCUGGGGUUCUAAUAAGGCAAAUGUUAGAUUGCUCCUCAUCAGAGUCAGGGAGACCUCUGGAAAUACUCUCCACAGCAAUGCAAGAGCCUAGUGAUCCCAGGGUCCCUGUGUCUCUGCUCUGCCACCCUCAGCUGAAGGCUUGCCUCACAUGUGUUCUCCCCUCAUGGUCCCAAAGUGGCUGCCAGAGGUCUAGGCAUCACAAUUGGACAUGAUCUUCUCUAGUGAGCAAUGACCCUUCAAUGAAUGUUGUGAUACCAAAGAAAAGUGCUUACAAAGGAGAAAGAAAAAAAGCACAGGAUAAAGAGGAAUAAGGAAAACCAGGAAGGUGGACAGUAAAAUGGUAAGAAAAGAAAAUUUUAGGGCUGGGGUUGUGGCUCAGUGGUCGAGCACUUGCCUAGCACAUGUGAGGCACUGGGUUCAAUCCUCAGCACCACAUAAAAAUAAAUAAAAUAAAGGUAUUUGUGUCCAACUACAACUAAAAAAUAUUUUUAAAAAAUAUUUGGAAAAAAAGAAAAGAGAAUUUUAAAUUCCACAUGAUUGUUGUGAUAAGUGAUAGAAAAUACUUACAGAGGGUUCACCAUGUGCCAGGCACAGCUCUAAGCCCUUGACACAUUCAACCUUCUCAGCAAACCUGUGAGUCAUGAACAUUCUCUACCUUUUACAGAUGAGGAAAAGUGGCUCAGAGAGGUUAAGUAACUUGCCAAAAGUCACAUAGAAAGUGCAAAACUGGGAUAUGAACAGGCUCUUGGUUGGUCACCUCUUCCUAUGGGAGCUCAGAAACAUCCACUGUCCAGCUCUUUUCAGCUUCCCGGCCUUUUGGGCUUCUUAUCAAGGUCACAUUGGAUCUCGGCAUUCAAAUCAGGGUGGAUGGUUUGGGCAGCUGCUUCUUAUCUCCUUGAGGGAGGUGCCUGUUAAUCUGGCUUCCAGGGCUUGCUGCUGCUCUGCAGGUUCCUCUAGGAAGAGUUACCAGGUCCUGUUCCAUUCGAAGUAUUUAAAAACAAAACCAAAAAAAGGAUGUGCUAAAAAUUCCAAAGGGGAGCUGGGCACGGUGGCACACACCUGUCAUCCCAGCAGCUUAAGAGGCUAAGGCAGGAGAAUCGUGGGUUCAAAGCCAGCCUCAGCAACUCAGCAAGACCCUGUCUCUAAAUAAAAUAUAGAAAGGGCUGGGGCUGGGGCUCAGCGGGUAAGUGCCUCUGGGUUCAAUCCCUGGUAGAGAGAGAGAGAGAGAGAGAGAGAGAGAGAGAGAGAGAGAGAGAAAAGAGAGGAGAGGGAGGAGAGAAAAAAGGAAAAGAGAAAUGCCAACUGUACCACGGAGAGCUCGGCCGGCGGGGGAGAAGCCUUCCUCCUGCACUCGGCGCGGGGGUCCGCAGGUUUCCUCCAGGGCUGCGCCGGCAACAUCCACACGCGUGUCUUAUUUCCCAUUCUACACAAAUGGUACCUAGUGUGUUGAGGUGGUGAGAAUCACAGACUGUCACUCCCAAGCUGGGGGACUUUGGGCAGGUGAUGUCACCUCCAGUUGCUCAUUUGUGACACGGGAUGCCAACCGCGCCUACCUCAUGGAUGGAGCAGUCGAGCUCACCACCUGGAGAGCACUCAGGGGCGUGUGGGACUCCGUGAAAUGCUGCCUCAUAUUGCUGUUGUUCUCAUUGUAAAAUAUUAUGUAGAUGAUAUAAAAACAUUCACAUUUCAACAUUA